AUGUGUGUUCUGUUUCUUUAUGUAAAUGACAUACCAGAGCCAAACAAAUACAGGAUAAUUCUCGUAAUGAACAGGGAUAAAAGUUGGGAUCGUCCAACGAAACCUUUGGAUUACUGGAAAUGCAAAAAUAGAAGUUUCGCCGGAGGCCAGGAUGUGCUAUUCGACGGCAAUGGACAAACAUGGUUGGGAAUGUCAAAAGAAGGGAAAAUUGCAGUGUUGCUUAAUGUUAUAGAGGCCAAGUAUGGUACAUUUCGUUACCAAAGAAGGGGUUUCCUGGUCAGUGAUUUCCUUUAUUCCAACAUGGAUGGACAUUCGUAUUUAGAACAAUGCAUUAAACCUAAAAGCGAUAAUUACAAAGGGUUUCAUCUUUUACUGCUCGACUGCAGCUCCUCCAAGACAGAUGUAAAUUAUUUCAACAACAGAUUCACUAACAAUAGGAGUGAGGAUAUUCGUGACGAUAAGGGAUUUAUUUGUCUUGGAAAUUCUCGGUCAGAGGAGGCGCCAUGGAUAAAAGUUGCAAAAGGAAAGGAGAAAUUCAAAGACAUCGUUAAAAACUUUAACAAUAAGGAUAGCAAAUCAAAACUUGAGAGCGCACUGCUGAAGUUAUUGAAAGACAAUACAGUGUAUUUGAAUGAUCCUGUUUUGGAAAUGCAAACAAAAAAUGAAAAACCUUUUGAAGGAACAUCUGAUAAAGCUAAACCGAUCGAACAGUUAUGCUCCUUGUUUGUAUAUAUGCCAGAGUUACGGCGGGGAACACGGACACACUCCAUUAUCACUGUUGAUUUUGAGGGAAACUGCGAAUUUCUAGAGUUUACGUAG